AAAGCACCAGCGGCUGUUUAAAUAUGUCUUUACGCUGCAAAAAGUUGAGUCCCAGUAGUUUAGCAUACUUCCAACCCUUGACUUCUAUCCCAUCCCGAGUAUAUUGGUAACCCGUAAGCUUGCACCCAAUGGCGACACCGCAAUGGAACCCCUCCACAGACAUCCCAGAUCUGAAGGGCAAAGUGGCUGUCGUGACCGGAGGCAGCUCGGGAAUUGGGCUUGAGACAGUUAGGUUCCUGGCUCAGAAAGGAGCAAAGGUGUAUUUGACGACGCGAAGCGAAUCGCGAGCACGGCAAGCCAAGGAAAAGCUCACUAAAGACACCGAUAUCGACCCUCGCAACGUUCAAUACUUGGUGAUGGACCUGUAUGAUCCGGUCAGCAUUACCCAUGCUGUCGACGAACUGAAGAAGAAUGAGGCAAAGCUUCAUAUUCUGAUCAAUAACGCGGCCGCUUCAACAUCGUCCACAAUGUUGGUUGAUGGGAAGUACGAACAGCACAUGGCUGCCAAUCAUAUGGGACCUUUUAUACUGAUUAAUCGGCUUUUACCUCUCCUCAAAACCGCCGCAAAGGAUCCAGGUGCUGAUGUCAGGAUCGUAAACCUCAGCUCUACGGCGAGUACCAGCAUGCUGCCAGGAAACUUCAAAUUCAAUUUCGACUCGCCAACUUGCUUCAAGGAUCCAGUUCCCUCAUACCCAUGGCAAUGGCGCUUCCUAGGAAGAUUCAUGUUUGCCUUCGACAUGAUUCGGUAUGCUGUGUCGAAAGCAGCCGUGAUACUAUUCACACAAGAGAUUCAAGGACGAUUAGAGGGACAGAACUUGCCUAUCACUUGUAUAGCUGUUCAUCCCGGGGAAGUACUCACUGAGGGUGUGUUGGCUAUCAACAAUCUUGUUGUCAGGGCUAUAGCUCGUUUGUCAUUUAUGACUGCUGAGCAGGGUGCUGCUAAUUCUUUGUUUGCAGCGACGGCGACAGAUGUUAAGAAGGAUGUACUGAAAUACAAGGGGAAGUUCAUAGUUCCUGUGGGAAAGUUGGAGACUCCUAAUCCUGUUGCACAAGACAAUCAAAUGGUAAAGGGGUUAUGGGAGAACACCGUGGUUGAGGUAAACAAGUGGCUGAUGGCAAAGAAGCUUCCCCUGUUGGAGGCCUGUUAA